GGAAAUAUUCAAAGGUCAGCGUUGAUGUUCCAUCACUGACCAUUUACAACGUCAACCAAUAUGAUGCUGGACACUACACACUCACUGCAACCAAUGCAGCUGGCACAACUGUUAGUGACGCCAUUGUUCUCGGAGCGCCUGAGAUUGUUUUGGAAGAAUGUGAAGAGGGAUCUGAUGGUUGCCAAAUAUUUCCCGUCAUUAUAAAAUCAAUUCCAACAGCUUACAACGUCCAAUGGCAGGUGGCAAACAAACAAAACGAAACGUUGACACCAUUAGAUGAAAAUGCUGAAGAAUACAGAGGAACAACCAAUUCCAUUCCCCAUUCAGUGUUGGUUGUCAGACGAAAAGAACAACUGAAAAACAACACCUACCAAAUAAAAGUGCAAAAUUUUAUCGGAGUCGGGAUAAAAGAAAUAUCAACGGCAGAAAACCAGAAGCUGAAAAUGGUAUACCCAAAGAUGCUGAAUGAAGAAGAAGAGUUUCAACUUUUGCAUAAGGCAAGUUGUCUACCGCGUUACACAUACCAUUGGUCACUAGUUGAGUGGUAUAUGGAAGGACUUCCAAAGGACAUAAUAUUCACUCGAUAUCGUUUAGAGAGCUGUCUAAUCAUCAUAGGAGGAAUCAUCACUGACGAAGAAAAAAAAGUGCUGUUCGGAGAAAGUGCACUAAGUGAAAGACAAAAUGUUAAGGGUCUGCAAAAAGAAGCAGAAAAUUAUACUGCAUUCCUGAUUGUUUACUUUUUCAACGGUGACCUAAUUAAAAUGGGCGAAGAUAUUGAAAAGUUGGAUCGCAUAUUACCGUUAAAGGAUGGUCAUGGACAUGUCCUAGUUGUGAUGGAGAUGAAACAUUCAUGCGACAGGAAAAUUAUUAUUGAGGGAAUAAGGAAAAUUGGAAUAACUAAAGUCGAGGUUGUUAUGAAAACACGCUCAAUAAUUGUGCAAAACAUUACAUGUAUUCUAGAACAAAUGCUAUCAUCUUAUCUAGUAGGAACCAAAAAAACAUUACUUGACCACUCUCAUACUCAUUGCGUCGAUUCAAGUCUGCUGGAAGUAAAUGCCAUUCUUAAACGACUAAAACAAGCAAAAUGUUAUCCAGAACCUUUAGCAGAAAUUGUGGAACCAGAAAAAAAUGAGAUCGACAAUAUACUUCAGAGAUGACCUUUCUCUUCGAAUUACAGAUUUCCUGAAAAAAUUAUCUACAGUGUUGAAGAUGGAAAUAGGCUAUACAUUAUAGCAUCUGAUCAAGCUACGAAAAUGAGUCUAGAGACUUUGUUGUCUGGGUCUGGUUUCCAA